CAUGAGGUGGACAGUGCAAAUCCAAAAACCCUUCAGUUCGGCAGCAAAGGCUGGCAGAAAGUGAACACUUUGUGUCCCCUCCGUCACGAUGGAUACCGCUCCGGAUGAGAUUGACGUGAAGCCGUUUAGCUCGCCAUCGCCGACAGAACCACCAGCACGUGCUCACAGGGGAUCCGUCGUCAGCUCACCGCACGCACUGGCGGCAGUACAGGAAGAAAAUUACGACACAUCUCAUCGAAACCGUGGGACGGCAUUGAUUUUCAACCACGUGAACUUUGAGUCCAAUGCUAAGCGCGAAGGAAGCGACAAGGAUCGCGACGAAAUUAAAAAGGAAAUGCAACAGCUCAGUUUUGAUGUGCGAGUAUUUAACGACUUGAAAAAGCAAGAACUGCUUGCCAAGCUGGACGAAGUUGCCAAAGAAGACCACACAGAGAGCGAUUGUUUCGUACUGGUGAUGAUGACGCACGGUCAGGACGGUUCGCUGUAUGCCGCCGAUAAGCAGUACCAGAUUGCCGAGCUGUGGGAACCCUUUGUUGGCGAUGCGUGUAAAACACUGAUCGGCAAACCGAAGCUGUUCUUCGUACAAGCCUGCCGGGGCACCAAAUUUGACAAGGGCGUUAAAUUGACAAAGAUAGCCACGGACACCGUCGAUGCACUUUCGUCGUCUAGCCAACGGACGUGCGUAAUUCCUACGAUGGCCGACGUGCUGGUAAUGUACUCAGCCUUCGAUGGACACUACUCGUGGCGCAAUCCGACCCACGGUUCCUGGUUCAUACAGUCGCUCAGCAUCGAGCUGAACCAGCACGCCCAUCGGAAGGAGUUGCUUCAGCUGCUCACUUCUGUGUCGCGCCGGGUGGCCUAUCUGUAUGAAUCGAACGUGCCGGGCAACGAGCAAAUGGAUGGAAAGAAACAGAUGCCCUGUGUAGUGUCGAUGCUUACGAAGGCGCUCUACUUCCCACGCAAAUAAAGUGCCGGCUUGUUAAAACGUGAACCGGAUACUCAACCAACAUACUGCACGCAUACUCGACCAUUGCUGAAGUCUCUCUUCCUUUGUGUGAGUGUAUUAUUUUAAUCGGUUUUUUUUGUAUACAAUGUUCUACUCAGGAAUAAAGUGAUCCAUGAUGGCAAGCGUUUUCUGCUGCUACCACACUAAAAA